UAAAAGUCACGCAGUAAACAAUACGCUGCGGAAACUUUAAGCUUAUCAAUAGCAACAAACCUCAGUUGAAGUCCCAGGCUCAGCUUAGCAUUUUAUUUAACGUCAAAUUAGGGACCAAUCCGAAUCGAUGGAUAAGCGCGUCACAGUGCUGCUUCCAAACGCCCGGCGACAGAAUGUCAGUGUGACGGCGAACAUGACUUUGCUGGAGAUCUUAGAAACGGCAUGUGCUAAGCAUGGCUACGACAGCGAGGAGCACUGCCUCAAGUUCCACAACAAGGUGGUUAGCCUGACGCAGCAGUUCCGGUUCAGCGGCUUGCCGAACAACUGCGUCUUGGAGAUGGAGCCCACGGAGAAGCGGCGAACCUUGAGCAGUGUGGUCGUCUGUGUCCAGCUGGCUGACGGUUCACGAAAACAGGGCGAAUUUACGCCCAAUGACACCGUCUGGUUGGUGGUGCAGAAGCUCUGUGAGUCGCAGGUCAAAGGUUACGAGAGUCCGGUUAUUGUCUACACACGGAGCGAGGUCAUCGGCGAGGCGCAGAUGAAGCAGACCACCCUCAAAUCGCUGGGCAUUCUGGAGGGCCGUGCGAUGAUGCGACUCAUAGACAAGAAGCCGGAGGAUUUAAAGACACAGGCUAAUGUUUACAAGCCGCCUGAGGCAAAAGCCAAGCCCACAGUCGAUGACGACCAACCUAGCACUUCCCGUUCGGCAAUGGCUGCCAGUGGAGGAGGUGGUGGCUUUUCCAUUACAAGUAACAUGAUUAAAAAUCUAAAACGCACGGCCCCCGACGACAAAACCACUGCAGAAAAUGAAAAUGCUAGUUCGUCUGAGAAACCCGAUCAUCCACAACAGGUGCAGCCUGAAGCACCGAAAUACGACUGGGGUAGUGGUUCUGGAUACUCGCUUCAUAUUCCUGCUGGCCGGAAGAGGCAGGAGAACGAGGUCGACGAAACUGCCUGUCGGCCUCCGCCAGUGGUUAAUGUAAUUGGUCCACGUCAAGCUGUGCUUUUCUCACUGGACGAGUCAAAGAAGCUGGCAGAGGAUUUGCCAGACUCUUUCUUUGAUCUAACUGUAAACGACUUAAAGAUGGUACUGCGGGACUUGAAACGCACCUCGACCGGCGACGAUGACGCCCCUUUGCUGACAGCCAAGCUCAGGGAGCUGGAGCGCCAAAAAACGAUGCUGGCAAAACUGAAUCAGUACAAGGACUGCGUUCUGCGAAUUCAGUUUCCAGAUCGCUUUGUACUCCAGGGAAUGUUUAAACCUCACGAGCCACUGUCCAAGGUGGAGGAUUUUGUUCGUGAGUUCCUAGUAAACCCCGGCGAGAAAUUCCACCUCUUCACAAUUCCACCGAAAAAGAUACUGCCUUCGGAAGAGACGUUACUGGAGCUUAACUUUGUUCCAAACGCUAUUGUGCACUUUGGAUUUCUGAAGGAUAAUCUGAACGCUGUGCAAAACAGUUUCGUUUUGGAGAAGUACAAGGCUCAGCUAACCUCUGAGGAGGGGGCGCACUAUGCUGUGCAAAAAUACCGCCUCACCCGGGCAACUGCGGUGGGUUCUGGCUGAUACUAGAUGGAUAUAAUGGCUUUAAGCGAACAGUUUGCGUGAUAUUAAAUGAAUCCGCUUUAUUUCUAUACUUUUGAAUAGAUUGUCAUACUGAUAA